AAUUUUUAUUGAGGAAAAACUGUGUGGAGCCUCAUGACAGAUUACGUAACAUGAAAUAUAUUACCUACAGACGAUAUUACACAAGUAUGAAAUUGGUUACAUGUUGUUCAAUCAGAUAUAUUCGCGACUUUAAAAAGAAGAUAAGAAUGGACGCACUGAGAGUUUAGGACCGGAAAUUUCACAGGAAUAGGACCGGAUAUUAUAAUCAAGGGUCAAGAAAAGGGGACAAACAUGGAGAAAUAUUUAGUGGUGCACAAUUUUGUUGUUUUAUGCAUUUUGUUAUCAAUGCCACAUAAUGCAUGUGCAGGAACAAUUGAAAUAAAACCGCAUGUUCACAGUGAUGCAAUUUUUGACGAUGAAGUGAAGAAUUUUAUCUUUAAUGUGAGCUUACUUCUCGAAUCUCACGAGCAGGGUCCCGUUGGUGUUAAAGCCGUCUCUACAAAUACAGAGGUAGCAGAAGCCACCGAGGAAAUAUUUUUAAUUCCGGAAAAUAAACAAAGUAACAUAACAGUAACCAUUUAUGGCAGUUUCUUGGGCGAAACAGCUCUUAAAUUUUUAGUCAACAAAUCUUUAAAUGGGACAUUAAGGGGAGAUAAUGUGGAUUGGUAUGAUUACACAGAAACCUACAAACUUGUGGUAAAAAGAGACAGUAGACCUAUCGACACUGCCUUUACUGUAUCUAUUAUCAUACUUGUAUGUCUUGCAAAUGUUGCAAUGGGAUGUAAGACUGAUUUAGAUGUAGUGAAGUCUACUCUAAAGAGACCAAUAGCACCACUGACUGGAUUAGCUUCACAGUUUCUACUCAUGCCUUUGAUAGCAUUUUGUCUUGGUCUAGCAUUUAAACUAGAUGCUCCUUUAGCAUUUGGUUUAUUUGCCAUGGGUUGUUCACCAGGGGGAGCUGCCAGUAAUAUCUAUACACAUUUAUUGGAUGGUGAUGUAUCACUUAGUGUAACAAUGACUUUUGUCAGCACAGUUGCCAGUUUGGGUUUUAUUCCUAUGUGGUUAUAUUCCCUAGGAAUAAAUUAUAUCUACAAGGGAGCAGAUUCCAUAAAAAUUCCUUAUCAAAACAUUAUCUACUCUUUACUUGGCCUACUCAUUCCUGUUGGGAUUGGAAUCCUAAUCCAGAAAAAGAAACCAAACUGGGCAAAGAACAUAGUGAAAUGUGUUCCAUACGUCACAGCUCUGUUUCUCGUCUUUGUCUUUACAGUUGGAGUGUAUGCCAAUUUGUAUAUAUUUAAGGUGAUGACUCCUGUUGUGCUGAUAUCAGGAGCUCUGGCACCUUAUUUAGGAUUCGCUUUUGGUGCCAUCGUAGCUUUUAUUGCAAGACAAUCCAAGAAAAACAUACUCACCAUUGCCAUAGAAACUGGAAUACAAAACACUGGCAUUGCUAUUGUUCUGUUGAAAGUGUCAUUACCUCCCCCUGAUUCAGACAUUAGUAUAACACCACCUAUUACAAGUGCCAUUUUCACACCACUUCCUAUGGUCAUAGCUAUCAUAAUUCAUAUGAUUAGGAAAAGAAUGCAGAAGAAAACAUUACACCAACCAGAAACUGUUGUUACCAUGUUAGAUGACACUUAUCCAGACAAUAUGGAUAAAAAUGUGGUAGAAAUGAAGUUUGAGGAGGUGCCUAUUACAGUUAAAGGGGAUGAAGACAAAGGGAAGGGAGACCAUCUUUAAGCAUUCAAUCAUCCAAUUCUUUGAUAGCUAUAUAUAUAUAUAUAUAGUCUGUAUAAGCAAUUGCUUCUUUUCAGAAUCAUCAUAAGUUGUGCUAUGAUCUGUAAUAUUGCAUGGUUUUACUAAGGAAAUAUGUGAAUUUAUAGUUUAUAUAAAAUGUUUAUUGGUUGUUGUUUGAUGUAAGUCUAAAACUAUACAAUAAAAGAGGAUUUCUUUAUUUGUGUGGGUACCAAUUUUCGUGAAUUGAUGAAAAAUUUUUGAUUUCAAAAUUUUGCCAGAUUUUGCAUACAUUCCUUCAGAAAAUUUGUAAUUUUGUUGAACAUUUAAAUUCGUUGUUCCCCUGUAUCCAUGAAAUCCAUGAAAAGUGGUAUCCAAAAAAUCAUAAUGAAUCCACAGUAAGUAGAUUCUGAAUAGUGGGGUGACAGGGAUUAAGGGCUGUCUAAAAAGGUCUUUAAAUAUAUACAUGAAACCAAACAAAAAGAACACAAGUGAAAGCAGAUAAAACUUGUGAAUAAUGAAAAAUGGAAAAGUGUGUCCAAGAGGAAUUCAAUUAGUUCAACUGGCUUUGAAUGGAAAGAAGAAAAUCUGUACUUAAUGAUGAACCAUUAUUAAUGAAUGAUAGAAAAGCUGACAUUUGAAAGAAACUGCAAGUUAGUUUUGCUUAACAUAUUAUUUUUGGUCACAAAAACAAAGACAAAGAGAUAUAUGAAAAAUUUCAAUGUCAAGAGGAGCAACUUGGUAAAUGUUUUAAAUAUUUUAAAGACAGUGCUAUAGAUUUAUGUUAUAUAUAAAUAUAAGUUUUAUGUCAAGCUUCAUUAAAGCUAAAUUAAAGCAACCCUGUAUAUCUAGAAAAGAUUGUAUGAUGUUAAUUAAUAAUGGCUGCUGUUGUUUUUAUGUUGUAAAUGUUUUAUUGAAUACAUGUAUCUAAAUUGUUCAAUUGUUAAGUUGGUGCUGAUGCUUUUUUUGUAUUGCGUUUGUUUACUUUUGUUAAAGACUGUAUAAAAUGAUAAUUGAAUUUAUAAUAUUUAUCAUCAUAAUUGUUUCUGAUGGGACAGGAUUAGUGAAAAAGAUCUUAAUUAAUAUUGUAUACAUUUUUUGUACCUGUAUUUGUGUUAAAUGUUUUAUGUAUGACUGCAACUAUUUUUUAUGCUUUUUUUUAUAUCAAUUGCCUCAUAAGCUAUUAAAUUUAUAUUCCUGGAUUUAGCCCUCAUGCACCAAUUGUUUUGUAAUAGAAAAAAAAGGAUAUGGGGUAUCCAUCCAUGACACAAAAUAAGUACAUGCACAGCAAAAAAACAUACAAUAAGCAAAGGAACAGUGCUUUUAUUGCUGUUCUUUAUCUCAAAGUCACAGUGAGGCCUUCAACACAGAGCAACAACAAAAAAACUCUCACCACACUGCAAGUUUAAGACAGCCCCUAGCACCGGCUUGAGCGGAAUUCUUUGCAAAAGUAAAUUUGGAUAGACUAAAUACGAUGUAACACCACCUAUUCGGGCCCGGUCAAAAAAGAACAUACUUGAAAGUAGUACACAUUUAAAACAAAAUAGUUCCUACGCAUAGGUGUAAAUCUAAAACUAUAUAGCAUAUAUUUUAGUAAUUAAGGUAUCAGAUGAAAGGUGAAGGACUGGUGAUUCUUGUAGAACACAUAAUUUACUGAUAAUUUUGAAUAAUACAAAACUGUAUGAAUGAAUUUGUAAGUUUGAAUCUUUUUUGAUAUAACAUUUUUUCCAUUUCAAUGAAAAAUGUUCAUUCUGAAUUUUGAAUGAGUUCAUUUCUAACAAAUUUCAGUAUGCAAUAAAUUCUUAUCAAGUUGGAAGAAAAUCAAGGAAUAAUUUUUAUUAUAACCUCAUUGCAGUUGGAGUGUCGGACCACAGAGGUUUUAUUAUAAAUAAAAAAAAAUCUUAAUGGUUAGCUUGAAUGUUUAGGUAUCUACAGAAAUACAAUGUACAUAACAUGUAUAUUUGUCCUUUUAUUUUACUUAAAACAAACACUUACUAGACAUAUUUAGAAAUAUUUCUAUUUUCAAAAAGAAUCAAACCCUAUAAAUUAUACCCAUAAUUAAAAUAUGAAAUGAAUAUUAAUUCUGUAUUAUGUUAUUGUUUGUUUCUAGUUUUACUUUGUUAUGCACAUGUUUAUGCUAAUUUUAUUCAGUUUUAGAUGAAAUAGAAGAAACUUUUUAUUUAUUUUAUUUAAUGUUUGAAUUUAUAGAAAGAUAUUUUAAAUGUUUCUAAAUUUAUAUUUUCAGUUAUUAAGAUUCAUAUUUUAUAAGUUAAAAGUUGCUGAAACAGUAUAUAUAUAUUUAUAUGUUAAUUGUUAUUGAAAGUGUAAAUAUUUUAUUUGUUAAUAGUUGCUCAAACAGUACUUCAUGCUAUAUUUGAAAUGAGAACAGAAAUAAUUUUGAUACAAGGAGCUAAUUUUAUCUUUCAGAUAAUUACUUUUAUUCUAUCUUUACUUUUUGUCUCACACAGAAAUAGCUGUAUGAAUUAUCUGCAUUAUUAGAUCUGACAAUUAUAUUGUUUUUUAAUGCAUCAGUUUUUCAUCCAGAAAUAUAUGCUUACAUAGUAUGGUUACCCAGUAGUUUUUCUAAUUCAAGAGGAAUGUAUGGUCAUAACAUAAACAAGUUCAUUUUGAUUUGAACUUUUAAAAACGAUGCCAAUUUAAGGUUUUGACCAUGUGAUUUCACUUUUCACUGAACAUGGACAAGUCUUAAUGUGAAUGAGGCAUUGUUACUGUCCUAUGGACACAUAUUCUUGUUAUAAAUUUAGUGUAUUCAUUUUAUUUCCUAUGGACUUAAUAGUCACAAAACUUAAAUGUUGUAUAAUUAUUUUUUACAUUGUUUAAAAGUAGAAGUUUUUUUUUUAAAUUAAAAUUUAAUCGAAACAGUUGCUUACUUGUAAACAUAAAAAGUUACUCACUUAUAAUGUUUAACCCUAUUUCACAGUAAACAUAGUGAAUACUGAAGGGAUGGGGGACAUCCUAUUGUAGAUCUGAUCAUGUGUGAACUGGAUUAUCAGUAAGUUAUUGUUUUAUUUUGCAGUAUUUAGUUAUUAAUGUUAACCAGUUGACUAAUAUUAUUAUGGCAAUAAUUACAACUUUAUAAUAUUAUUUUAUAUUCCAAGAUAACCUAAUGCACAGGUGUCUCUCAGUAGUUUUAUUUUGUAUAUCUUGUUUUUUUGGUCCACAAUAUUUGAUACUUUCUAACCAUCAGUUUGUGGUUUCAAGCACCGCUGAUAAACAAGAAAUUUUGCCAAAGAUUGGUGAUUAUUCUCAGACAUUGAUAGGUACUCAACUUUUCAACUUAUUGUGUUGGCAGCUAUAAAAUUGUAAUAAUGUACAACAUUAAAACUAAUCAAAGAAAGAAUAUCAAAAUAGAAUAGUACAAAUGUAAUGUUGUUUAACGACUGAAUGUUAGAUAACUAAAUGUUAAAUUGUUAGAUAACUGAUGAUAGUUUUUUUUUUUUAUUUUAAUCAUCUGGUUGAAAUUUUUUAUGAAUUUCUUCUUUCUGUGUGAAAAAAAACUUGUCCCUAGCUCCUAUAAAAAAAAUUAUGUGUAUUGCUUUUUCAAAUUUUUAUUUGGUUUAGACUUUAGAUGAAAUUAGAAAAUAAUAGGAGCUAUAGCAGGACAAAGAAUAAAUCAAUCCCUGUGAAGACAGGAAGUAUUUUUCUUCUUAUUUUUAACAGAUAACUUAAGGUCCAAAACAUAUGUUCAGAAGCAUUUAAAGGUAGGAAGUGAAUUUGAGUUCAAAUGAAAAAUUUAUUUUGAAAAACAUAAAACAUGAAAAAUUACUACCUGAGAUAACAAUAGUUUUCAACAUCAUAGAAUUGCCUAAUUUUAUUAGUAGCAGAUCUGAACUAGUACUUAUCUUUUAUGAUGCAUGAAAUGUGAAUCUGGGGAGAUAGACAAAUAUGAGAUUUUUUUCAUCCACUGAACUGCAACAAAGUCAAUAAAGUAAGUUCUUCAAUCAUUUAAUUUUUUUACUGAAUGAUUUUUAGGCAGUUAAGCUGCCUUAUGCGAGCACCCUAGAUUUGUGUUCUACCCAAUAAAUGCUGAAAUACGUGCCAUUAUUAUUAUCUAGCUGUCUAUUAUGUUAUUUAUAACUAAUUGGACAUUUUUUUAAUACUUUUAUUUCUGGAAUACAAAAAAUAUGACCAGAAAAACCUAAAAUGAUCGUCGAACUACCCAAAACUUUUGAAGUUGCACAUAGGAAGUAGUGCUCAAUAGAAAUCAGUACGUAGUUUAUUAUCCCCUGUGCAUUUGGCUACGAUGUCAAAGAACAAUUGUAUGAAAUAUUUCAUCGCCGAAAAUCGGUAAUUACAAGUCGUUUAUAUUUAUAUUUCCCAAAUGGCAAAAUGCGCAGGAAUAUUGUUCAUGUACAACAAAUCUCUAUGAUAGAGGAAAUAAAGUUAUAUAAGUGG